UACCGGCACUGUCGUACUCAUUCAUCAAGUUUGAGGUUAUAUUUAACCGCAGCAUGUUUUUAUUUUGUUAAAUAUCAGAACUAGCUUUAUUUAAUUCAGUCACAAUGAAGAAUAAACCGAUUCGUCACAAAGAUUCAAACACAUUUAAGUUCCAACCCUUUGCGGAACGCAUCGCUAACAUCGACAUAGACAUUUUCCAUCGAGUGGGGCACAUCAAUGAAGCCGACGACGAGACUUCUGAAUGCUUUUUCCACCAAGCAAUGGAAAAUUGGAGCAUUUUAAACCUAACUGAAAGCUUUGACAAUUUCAAGAAAGAAAUCAAGGCUCACACUUUAGUCACACUUCCCCAGCUUAUUUUAGACAAGGAACGCGUGGUUGAGGUACUUUUAAAGCAUCUGAGGUUGCGAAAUCCUUUAUCAUUACAACCACUACUUGAUCUUGUCGUAGCGGUCGCGAAAGAUUUACGUAAAGACUUUUACGAGUAUUACAAACCCGUUCUUGGGGUUUUAAUCAGUUUACUAAACACCAAAAACACAGAACAACUUGAAUGGACCUUCACUUGUCUCGCUUAUAUUUUGAAAUUUGUAUGGAGGCCCCUUCUCAAAGACAUCUCAACAGUCUUCGACACCUUCCUCCCACUCUUAUCAAACUCCCAACCGGAUUAUAUUCACAAUUUCGCGGCAAGUAGUUUUGCUUUUGUUGCUAGAAAAGUCAAAGACUGGCUUAGUUUUCUCUCCCACAUUCUCAAAACGGUAAAAAAUCGUAAAGAUGGGAUCGAGGGCUGUGGAAAAUUAUUUUUCGAGGUAAUUUCGGGAGUCGCAGGCCAGUUUCAUAGCUGCGCUGAGACAGUUUUGCCACUCUUUCUUGAAAGUCUCUCAAAUUCGAAAUUCCCCCAAAGUGUGCUUUUUGAAAUUUUGGAAAAAGUCGUGGAAAAUAUCGUCGAGAAUAUUCAACCACAGAAGGGGCAACUGUGGUGGGACUGUCUUAUCGGGCGACUUGAUUCGUUAAUAAACAAUUGGAAAAACUCAAAAGGGGAGAAAAUUGCAAAUGAAAUUGAACUCGUUUUGAGAUUAUUGGGACAAAGUGUGGAGUACCGAAACGGGAAAUUUUUGCAAAAUAACCCUCCAGUAGUUAGACUCAUUUUUGACAUUUUUAAUUGCGAUUUCCCCUAUUCUGUACUUCACAUAGCCACUAAAAUUGCAAUUUUAUUAUUACUAGCGAAAAACAUAAAAUUGACACAAGAACAAGCCGCGGGGAUUACCCGAAAAGUUCUAAAUUCGGCUCAAGAGGACAUUUUGUUAUAUUUUGUAUCAAACGUUUCAGAGUUUUCGGCUUUUGAAGCUUUGGUACUUCCCACAUUUUUGCAACAUUGUGUAAAAACUGGUUUAAAUAAUGACAGUCUGAAAGUGUUAACAGAGUUAAUCAUGAAAAAGGCACCACUUUCCGAUUGCGGUAUUAAUUUACCCAAAUGGGGCAAAUACCCUCUCGAUUUUAGGGACAACUCAAUUGAAAAAAUUUUUCUCAACUAUUUGAAUUUUAGUGAUUUUGAUAAUUAUGUUGCCGCUCUGAUUUGCGUGCCACAUUUAAAUUUGUCAGAAGUGUUACAAGUCGUUGAGAUUUUGACAAAAAAUAUUUCAGAGUUUUUGUUCAAAAUUGAAACAGAAAAAUUAAACAAAGUUUUAUUCCUUUUAAUUAAUACAAUUGAGUGCCUGAUUCAUUUAAACGAAAUUAAUUACUUGAGUGACAAUUUUGAGCGAAUUUUUGACACUUUAUCACCAUUACCGAGUUUAUUUGCGUUAAAAACUAUUGAUUUUCUCAUUACGGUUCUUAAGGACCGCCCACAUGUCAUAAACAUGGCAACGUUGCGUAAAAUUACCACCAAUCUCGUGUCAGGGUUUAAUUCUCCCCAUCACGAAAUUCGCUUAGUUACCGCCCACCUCUAUUCCUUUUUCGAGGAUUUGCCAGAAUUCGACUUGAGACACUCCUCCGAUCCAGACACGCCCAAAGAAAAGUUUCAAAUUUUUUCGAUUUGUUACAAAAUUGAAUCGAUUGAAUCUCAAGUACAAACAUAUAGAGAUCAACUGCAAAAUUUAGAGAAACUCAAUUUUGAUAAACCUCAAAUGAUUAUGUGUCUCAAAACCGAAUUUCGAACAAUUCCUUUGAGGUACUUGUGUGGCACACUUUAUAUUAAUUUCAAGUUAUUGUGGGAACCAGUGAUUAAAAUAAUUGAGACUCACGCACACGGAUUGGAGAUUGGGGAGUUUUGGGACGUGUUUGGGGCGGAGUUACGGACAGUAGUGGGACGGGUUAGGAACGAGGGGGAGAAAAGGGAGGAGUUUGAGGUGAAAUGGGAGGUUUUGAACGAGUUGUGGAGAAGGAGUGGGGAGUUAAGUUCAGGGCCGGAUUACGCAAAUUAUAGACUUUUGUUAUGGAAGGCUUUGAGUUUAUUUCCGGAUAUAGCGGAAGCGAAAACUAGGGAUGUGUCAGAAUUGCUUCUAGAUUUUAUCGAAAAGGAGUAUACAAAAAAUAAUUCAGCAGUGGCCACUAAAUGGAAUAUUAAACAAAAUACCGGUCAGGAAACAACAACAGAAGAUUUAGAAGAUGAAAAAGAAGAGACCAAACCGAAAAAAGGGAAAUCGAACUUGCAGACUUUGCUCACGUUUCUACCAGUUUUUACCAAAAUUCGAAGUCCAAAAUCGAUGUACCGGGAACCCGAACUUGCCAAACUCUAUUUCGACUUCCUCCAACACAAAAGUCCAGAAGUCCAAAAACUUGCAUUGGAUUGCAUAAUGACGUACAAACACAAAUUUUUGACACCGUAUAAAGACCACUUGUAUAAUUUAGUCGAUGAUAAAAAUUUCAAAAAUGAGUUGGCAGCCUUUCAAAUCGAUAAAGACAGUGGAAUUAUACAGGAGGAUCAUCGUGACGAUUUAAUACCACUAAUCAUCCGUAUUGUCUUUAGUAAAAUGAGUACUAAAACCGGUUUAAGGACUGGCGGGAAGUCCUCGGGUCAAUUGAGACGCAAUUUAGUACUCCGGUUUUUGGCCGGUUGUCAAGACAAAGAAAUGUUAACUUUCGUCAAAAUGGCGUUUCAGUACUACUCGAAAUAUUUGGACGACGAUCCCCAAGUCAUGAUUAAAGGACUCGAGUCCAUAACUUUAGAGAAUUACAUUCCUCCGAAAAGACUCCAAAGUGCCAUAAACCUUCUUAAUGUCAUACUUGACCAGUUUGGAGGCUUGAUGGGAGUUGAACUCUUGACGUUCAUACUUCAAAUAGUACUAAUGAUCGGAGGAGUACUUAAACUCGCUUUUGAUCAAAUCGGAAACGUCCAUACCGGCUACUUUGCUAUUUUGAGGACUUUGAGGACCAACACAGUGAAACUAGUGGAACGUUUCUUUGGACAAUUUGAUCGUUACCCGUGGACUAACAAACAAAUUAAUGCUAUUUUCCAAUUGUUUGUUUGGCCUUAUUUGGAUAAAUUGAACAUUGAGGGUAUACAUAGUCCUACCACUUUAUUAAAACUGUUCGUUCAGUGGGGUUCCAACCCUCGAUAUUUCUCCCUACUUGUCAAACAUGAGGAUGGUAGACAAGACCAGUUUAUCUUACCGCACGUUAUUCGAUUGUUACUCAAUCCCAAGAGUCACGUGACUGUUAUUAACGCUAUAGAGGAAAUGAUUGAGAAGUUGUUGACUCUACAAGCCGACUCUGAGGAUUUACAGCUGGUAAUCCCAGUAGAUAACCUCCUACCAGUCCCUCAACAUAUCCUCGAUCGGAUUAAACUAGACGACAAGUUAAACUACGGAAGUUGUAUACUUUUACCUUUCGUAUCUUCGAUUCUCGAGAAGAUCCAAAGACGUUUAGAUGGGAAAAACAAGAAUUUGAAUCAGAGGGAACUUUUCAUCUUGUCGAGGAUAUCAGAAUUGGUCUGGGAGGCCGACAUUAGUGACACCACUCUCAAAUUAUUACUUCCACUAGUGUUGAAACGUUGCUCCUCUUCCAUUGGUGAAGAAGUUGUAGUUCAAUUAUUAACAACUAUUACUAACCUAGUGGGUAAUGUUACCAACCCUGGUGUACAUUUGAAACAGAUCACUCCUUUAUUUGGCGAAGUUAGUUCUGCUUCCGGUCGAAAAAUCCUACUCAAAGUGAUUAAAAUAUGUUUGAAAGAGUUUGGACCCGAUUUGGUUGAAGGUUUGAACGCCUUUGAUACCAAAUGGUUGGACCAACCGGAUUUCCAACGCCGACAUGACUCUUUCAAAGAAGUACAUAAGGCUAUAGAUGAGGGAAAAAUUGAUUUGGAAGUUGGCAUUUUGCUAGUUUAUAAUUGCUACUAUUUGCUUAAAAGUGAGAAAGAUUUAUCAAUGAAAGAGAAUUCGUCACAUUGUUUAAAACAGUUGUGUCCUUACUUGAUUACCAAGUAUCCAAAACAAGUAGACUACAUCUUAAAUGAUACUAUUUUUAACUUGAUCAGGUCGGGAAUGAAGAGCCGAAAUGACGACUUUCGGAACGACUGUAUCUUAUUAUUAGGGCAUUUGGCAAAAGAGUGUUCUGAAAGUCACGUGGUGUUGCGCGAUUUGAACAAAUACACCAAUAAGAGUGACUCUGAAGUCGAUUUUUUCGAAAAUAUUACACAUUUGCAACUCCACAGACACGCAAGGGCUUUACUCAAAUUUUGCUCAAUAACGAAAGAUUUGACCAACUCGCCCAAUAUUCGCACUUUGACACAAUUUAUUUUACCCUUGGCUUCCCACUAUCUGUGUAAUGAGAAAUAUGUGGGUAAAAAUAGCGUCAUUGAUGCUUCUAUUGAGUGUUUAGGGACAGUCUGUAGGAUUUUACCCUGGCACCAAUACGAAAGUCUCUUGAAAUUUUACUUGAGGAAACUAGGGAGGAGUGUUGAGUACCAGAAACAGUUGGUUAGAGUGACUGUGGCGAUUUUGGAUGCUUUCCAUUACGAUUUAUGCAAGGCACAAGUUGGUGAAGAUGUAGCUCCAAGUGGUGAAAAACCUCAAGUUGAAGAUUUAGGCCCGGAAACUGGUCUAGAACGUGGGGACGUGCUUGAAGAUGAGGAAGAGGAACCACAGAGUGGUGACAAUUUAAUGGUCCAGAGUGAGGAAAAAAAUCAAAGUGAAGAUUUAGACGAGGAACCACUUUUGGAUGAUGAAGACGAUCAAGGAGACGAGGAAGAGGAUCCAGACGAUGUCCAAAACGUGAAACUGUGUGAAAAAGUGACAGUUUUAUGUAAAUCAACAGCGAUGAGAGUGACUCGAAGUAUUCAAAUCGUGCUAUUGCCCCAAUUACACAAAUCUUUGGCCCAAUUGACGCACUAUGACGCUUCACAUAAAGUCAAUCGGAAGAAAACAAGUGCCGAACGCGAGGAGGAAGAUUUAUUACGAGUACCAAUAUCUUUGGCUUUGGUUAAGUUGUUGCAAAGAUUACCGAAAAAAAUUCUUGAAGCUAAUUUACCUGGUAUUUUUAUGAAGAUUUGCACUUUUUUGAAGUCACAUUUGGAGAGUGUUCGACGUGUUACUCGAGAGACGUUACAAAAAAUAAUGCAGACGUUAGGUCCAGAUUAUUUGGGGUUGCUUUUGGGCGAAAUGACGCCACUUUUGAAUCGCGGGUUCCAAGUCCAUGUUCUCGUAUUUACAAUUCAUGCAGUCCUCAAUUGUCUCAAACCAAAGUUUGAGCCUUCUCACAUUGAUAAAAUCCUUCUGACAGUGUUACAAUUGUGUCAAGCUGAUUUGUUUGGGAGUCUUUCAGAGGAGAAAGAAGUCGCGAAAAUUGCAGUCAAGACUUCUGAAGCUAAAACCACUAAAAGUUUCGAUACGUUCCAAAUUUUGGCACAGUACAUCACCGACAAGUGUCUCAUGGAUCUCAUUCUACCAAUCAAGAACGUCCUGCAAAACUCACACUCAUACAAAACUGUGUAUAAAGCACAGGAGUGUCUCCGUCACGUGGCUUUAGGUCUGGUCGAUAACGAGUUUGUGGACACUAAAUCACUCUUAAUUUUUGCCUACGGUACUGCUUCUGAAAGCAUACCAGAACUAGUCGCCCAAAACAAACCCCAAUUGAGCGACAAAGAAAAACAAAAGAAACAACGCGAGCGAGUCGAUUGUUACAUUAUACCCAAAGCGCCAUCUGGUCGUUUUGGAGUUCGCAAUGCAAAGUCAUCAUUGAAAACAAACGCGCAUUUAUUAGUCGAGUUUGGUUUGCGUCUUUGCUUUGUCCUCCUGAAGCGCGAAAAAUUAAAAGACCAGGUUUUUAACCCUUUUCUUGAUCCUUUUAUCCCCGUUUUUCUCAACUGUCUCACCUCUAAACACGUCAAGUUGAGCACUUUGACCCUUCAGUGUCUCACGUGGGUUAUGAAGUACGACUUGCCCUCACUCAAAGACAAAAUCGGGUCUAUAUCUUCAAAUAUCUUUAAAAUUUUGCACAAAUACGCUUCUGCUGGUCUCAGCAAAGGCGAUAAUUUUGACUUGGUGGUCGCCGGAUUUAAGGCCAUGGCGGUGCUUGUCCGUGAUGUCAAAUAUCAUACUAUCGAUACGAAACAAUUGAAGGUUUUGUUGUUGUAUGCCGAACAAGAUAUGCACGAUCAUGACCGACAAGCUACAGCUUUUAACCUUCUCAAGGCCAUUAUAGCUAGGAAGCUAAUCGUUCCGGAGAUACACGAAGUGAUGGCGAAAGUAGCCGAAUUGAGUAUAACGUCGGAGUUGAGUCACGUGAGGGCCCAAGCAAGAGUUGUUUUUCAUCAGUAUUUGUUGGAUUAUCCUUUGGGUCACAAAUUGGAAAAUCAUGUUUCGUUUUAUUUGAAUCAAAUGAGCUAUGAGAUGCAGUAUGGACGUGAGUCGGCCAUUGAAAUGAUCAGUACUUUGAUUUCUUCGUUUCCUAAGAAAAUUUUGAUAAAAUAUUCGGGGACGCUUUUCGUGACAUUGGGGGCCCGUCUGGUCAACGACGAGGCACCUGAGUGUCGCAAACAAGUCUCCGAGUGUCUUUCUUCACUGUUGUCAAGAGUAGGAAGAAAAGACAGUGAAGCAUUAUUCGAUAUUGUUCUUGUGUGGUUCAAAGAUAAGAAGAUAAGUCAUCGCCGACUUGCCGCUCAAUUGUGUGGUGUUUUUGUGACAGUUGAGAAGACUUUGUUCGAAUCACGUCUACCAACUCUUCUUCCUUUAGUUUUGAAACAAUUCAGAUUAAAAGAAGAAGAUGAUGAAGAAACGGAACGGAUCAAGGAUCAUCACUUGUUUCAAGUGUUACAAAUGUUACUCAAAAUUUGUAAUAACUGUCCCAAUUUCUUCAAACGUGAAGAAAUUGAAGAUUUGAGUAAACACAUACAAGGGUUGUUGGGGUACCCUCAUGAUUGGGUUAGAUUAGCUGCGGCUCAAUUCCUCGGUUUCGUAUUGGCGCAAACCGAUAUCGAGGAGUUGUCAAGUUUGGUAGCCAAUGGUAAGUCAGGGGGGAGUGGCUACUUGAUAAGUGAGCCAAUCAAGGCUAUUAAAUCGUUGACUUUGGAUUUGUGUGACCAAUUACAACCCGGGAAUAUCAAGACUGACUUAGCAGAGCAAGUUAUCAAGAAUCUCGUUUUUGUAGCACGUGUUCUUGAAAAAGUGACAAAUGACAAUCGAAAAAUUAAUCUUUUGUGGUUAGUUAAACGGAUGAGGAAAAUUGUAAAUAGUGAAGUUGUUGAGGGUUCCGGAAGUACUGUUUUGCGAACUGAAGUUUUCAAAUGGAUUGCUGCUAUAGUUURUGUACUAGAACUAGACAGUAUUGUCCCAAUUGUGGCUCAUUUGUUGGCCCCCUUGGUACGCGAAAUGGUCACAGUUGAGGAAAGCAACGCCCCCUUGAGACACCUCUCCAAGGAAGUGGGGACUUUACUGAAAAAACGCAUCGGCGUUGAGACCUACACCCAAACCCUGUCAAAACUUCAACAGAAUUUAUCUGUCAAAAGAGCGGAACGUAAGCGUUCACGAACGCAGUUGGCCGUGACCGAUCCUGAAACAUUCGCCAAAAAGAAAAUCAUGAGACAGGAAAAGAAAAAGGUGGCGAAAAAACGCAAACUGGAACAGUUGAAAGGCAAGAAAAGACAGUUCAAACGUCGGAAAACCGUCGAUUUGGAUCCAGAAUCGGAAGUCAUGUGA